AAAUCUAUUUCAUUGUUAGAUUAAUAUAAUUAGGAUCAUAUUUUAGAUGAACAAAAUAAGAAAUAGUUAAGAAUACAUUUGAUCGAUUGCAUGUUAUAUAUAUUAAAGUAAUUAAUUAGGUGUAUUACCGAUCAAGAUGGAUAAAAAGAAUAAAAGUAGUUGGGAAGAAGAAGAAGAAGAAGAGGAGGAGAAUUUAUUUCCAGUAUUUUCUGAAAGGUCAGAGCAAGAUAUGUCAGCUAUAGUAUCUGCCCUUACUCAAGUCAUGGGCGGCAACAAUAAUAAUAGUGACAUGCAUCAAUCUUCUAAUUCCCACUCAAAUUUUAUCCAUAAUAAUAAUAUCAAUCAACAACAACCACAGCAACAAGAACAAGAUCAAGGGAGUGAAAGAAGAAGACACUAUAGAGGAGUGAGACAGAGGCCAUGGGGAAAAUGGGCUGCAGAGAUUAGGGAUCCGAAGAAGGCGGCUAGGGUUUGGCUUGGAACCUUUGAAACUGCUGAGGCUGCAGCUGUUGCCUAUGAUGAAGCUGCUCUGAGAUUCAAAGGAAGCAAAGCUAAACUCAAUUUUCCAGAAAGGGUUCAAAGUUCAACAGAUCAAUUUGCAUACCACCAGCUUCAACAACAAUCUGUUCCACACUUUUCUCAACAAACAUAUCCAAAUAUUAUUCCUUUUCACCCUCCUUCUGCUAGUAACAACUUCAAUCAUGAUAAUAUGCUUCGUUUCUAUCACCAAUUAUCAACUGCAUCUUCUUCUUCUUCUUCUUCUUCUGGUUUAUCUCAGCAGCAGCAACAAGAGCUUCUCAGAUUGUCAAUGCAAUUUGGUGGUUCCUCUUCUUCUUCUUCUAAUUCAGCUUCUGACCCUGCUAGGAAUUGGAGGGAUGACAUGGAUCGAUGAUGGUAGGCACUGAUCUAUAUAUAUGAUCAUAAAAAUACAUGUGUGAUUUCUUUCUUUCUUGUUUCUUGUUUCUUGUUUCUCAAGGCAUUUCAUGUUUUUAUUUACUAUUUUAUGUUGUCAAUUCAUUUUGUCUGAAGAAGUAUAUGGGACCAUAACAGAAAGAUAGAUAAAGUUUAAACAUAUUCGACUUUA